GAAGUGGAGAGUCUCCGGAGAGCUUCUGCACGUUCACGUCCCCGGUUCACGUCGAUUCAUGUAACUCUCAACGUGAGCACGACUCUCACCUUCAGCCCAGACCUCGUCUUUUAACGAGAGAAACAGAGAGAGAGGGAGAGAGAAACAGAGAGAGAGAGAGAGAGAGAAAGAGAGAGAGGGGCUGGGAUCAUCAGCAGGAAGUUAUGGCGCACAGCGAGUCACUGGUGGCUCUGAAUGGGACUCAGAUUUCCUUCAUCGGACAUGACUGUAAAGACAUUCCAGACUUCCUUGGAGACACGUACGGCCACUUUGCAAGACGGCUGGAUCUCAGCUUCAAUCUGCUCAGGUCACUGGCGGGCCUCAAAGUGUUCACUGAGCUGGAAGAGCUGGUCGUCGACAACAAUCUGCUUGGAAAUGACCUGCGGUUGCCCGGGUUACCCAACCUCCACACCCUGACACUCAAUAAGAACCACCUGACUGAUAUCGAGGCCCUGCUGGAACACUUGGCUGACGUGACCCCGGCGCUGGAGUACCUAAGCCUGCUGGGAAAUGAGGCCUGCCCCAACCAGCUGGUCAGCCUGGAUAAGGACGAGGACGACUACCAGAGAUACAGGUACUUUGUUCUGUACAAGUUGCCCCAGCUGAAGUUCCUGGACACGAGGAAAGUCACCCCGAAAGAGGUGAUGGAGGCGCAGGCGAGAGGAUCAUUCAUGAAAGUGGUCAAACCGAAGUCAGAAGCUCCGCCUAAUGACUCCAGAUCUGAGAGUCACCCACCGUCCUACACUCCCCUGCCCCGAGGCUCCAGAGACGCCAAGAACCACAAAGGGGUGUUCGCUAAGUGUCGCUACAUCUACUACGGGAAGCACUCAGAAGGAAACAGAUUCAUCCGCAACGACCAGCUCUGAUGGAGAGAAUCUGGUCGGACACAGAGAGGGAGACGGACGAUGACAGAUGUCAGCAGAAGGAAAGAUGAUCGAACAAAUCCUUUAUUUAUUAAAUGCACUGCUUAAACGUGAGUCAGCUGUUUUUCCCGCUGGAGAAUUAUUUCAACCUUAGCUAAAUGUGUUGUUGUGGUUAUGCAAGGUGAAUGUUUUUUUUUAAGAUCUUAAGAUCGUACCCCAGCACCUCGGCCUCCUCUGAACUCGGUCGGCUUCCAGCUCAGAGUCGGACAUGACACUCCCACUGACAUGAUCGCCUCUAAGCAUCAGCAACUGCACAACUACACACACACACAUGCAAAAGGACAGUCUCUCCCUCUCCCUCU